UUGCCCCUAAAACGCUAUUUACAGGGAACGGAAUUCGUCGUUACGAAUUGCCAAGUUCGGGGUGGAUACGUUGUUCUCGUGGGUUCAACUAACGGAGUGUUGAAAGUAGGAGACACUGUGGAACAAGUCUUUGAUGGAGUGAAAGAAGCCGAGGAGAUAGUCCAGUCAAUCAUAGACACCCGAGAACCCGUCUAUGCUAAAGAAGCCCCGCUACCUCAAGCUCGUGAAAUCACUGGAUUGAGAGCAAUGUUCGAUGAGAAUUACCCUGAUCCGGUUAGAGUGGUGUGCGUCGGGGUACCCGUAGAAGAACUUCUGUCGAAUCCGAAGAGCGGUGCUGGUUUGAAGACAACUGUAGAGUUCUGUGGUGGAACGCAUCUUCACAACGUUGGACAUAUUGGGCAUAUGGUGAUUUCAUCCGAAGAGGCUAUUGCUAAAGGAAUUCGACGAAUAGUAGCACUGUCAGGACCAGAAGCCGAAAGAGCAUUACAUCGUGCAGAAAGAUUAGCAGCAAGGACUCAAGGCCCUAUCAGAUGA